CUUACAGUCGCUUCGUAGCUGUGUCGUGUAUGGAUGGAUGGAUGAAUGAGAGGUAGACGCCGAUACGUGAACGGAUGGAUGCAAAGGGACCGGUGGUAUUGAUUGGUUGGCGCGAUUUGUUGCGUAACAAAAAAGCACAACCGAAAUCGGAGACCGCUUUCGCUGCCCACAACCCGGGGCUACACGUACACCGCCACCUCGCUCUCCUCCCAGUGGGUUCCCUUCCGAAAGGCCGACCGCCGAAAGCUCUUCUGCUCGUGCCUCCGCUGCGCCCGCUUUUCUCCCUUCCUGGCCACCUCCCGCGCGGUUACGCCGCCCCAGAGCGCGCCGACGAGCACCCCGAUCGGCCCCAGGGCCACCCCGCCGACGACCAUGCCCCCGAUCGUUCCGGCCGCGGUCUUGGUCUUGCGCUGCUUCUUCAUCCGGCGCUUGCCGGGGUGCACGUCGUCGUUGUAGUCCGACCCACCCGCGUUGGUAAGGUGCUUCGGGGGCGGGAUCUCCAGGUCAAAGCCGGUCCCGUCCGGCCUCGGGACCGCGUGGGGCCGGGGGUCCGUGCUGCUUUCGCUGCGUUCGUCCCGGUGCCUUGCAAAGUAAUGCCUGUAGGCCUUUCCCUUCGGGGACGACCUUCGGUUGGUCAGGUUGAACAUGGCGAAUUCUUCGCUCCCGUACGAGUGCGACAGGGUUUCCGAUCGGGUUGCGAUCGACGACGAGUGCGACGACAAUGAGGUGGAGCAGCAGGACGACGGCGUCGGGGAGACCGAUCCGAAUCGGUGUUCGUUUGUUUUGGUUGCGGUUGCGGUUGCUGGUAUGCGGGAUGAGGAGGGUUCGCGCUCGCGCUCGGAGGUUGCCGUUCGAAAGCUGGUAGUCAGCGUGGAAGUCGGGGACACCAACGAGGAACGGCGAUCGAUCGAGUGCGGGUACCAAUCGGAGGGAUUUCGGCCUUCCCUGUUGUCGCAUUGGUCGUAGAGAUGCAAUGCCAUAGUGCGUUGAGUUGUGCUUGGUGCUUUGGUGGAUCCGUUUCUUGUGGCUCCUGGUACUCUCGGUGAUUGUAUGCGCGAUGCACUGUAGAAUGUAUUUUGUCGAAGGAAAUCAAAUUAUGGAUUGCGU